UGGCCCGUCAGGAAGCGCUCCUCCCCGGCUGGGCCGCGGUCGGUGCCGGGCAAGCAGAGGGUCGGCGCCGCCAUCGCCAUGGGCACCCGCGACGACGAGUACGACUAUCUGUUCAAAGUUGUGUUGAUUGGAGACUCUGGAGUUGGGAAAAGUAAUCUUCUGUCACGUUUCACACGCAAUGAGUUCAAUCUGGAAAGUAAGAGCACCAUUGGGGUGGAAUUUGCCACCAGGAGCAUCCAGGUGGAUGGGAAGACGAUAAAAGCCCAGAUCUGGGAUACUGCAGGCCAGGAGCGAUACCGUGCCAUUACCUCAGCAUAUUACCGUGGUGCUGUUGGGGCUCUGCUCGUCUAUGACAUUGCCAAACACCUCACCUAUGAGAACGUGGAGCGCUGGCUGAAGGAGCUGCGAGACCACGCCGACAACAACAUCGUCAUCAUGCUGGUGGGCAACAAGAGCGACCUGCGCCACCUCCGGGCUGUGCCCACCGACGAGGCCAGGGCCUUCGCAGAAAAAAAUAACUUAUCUUUUAUUGAAACAUCUGCUCUGGAUUCAACAAAUGUAGAAGAAGCCUUCAAGAACAUCCUUACAGAAAUCUACCGCAUCGUGUCGCAGAAGCAAAUCGCCGACCGGUCUGCACACGAUGAGUCUCCUGGCAACAACGUCGUUGACAUCAGCGUCCCACCAACCACCGACGGACAGAAAUCCAACAAACUCCAGUGCUGUCAGAACCUGUGACCGUCUCUAGAUGACUCUUGUGCCCUCCACUUUGUCUGUGCUUCAUUUAGAAACUUGUGUGCACUUCCUAUCUCCUGUGAUUCAGUGACUCCCUCCUCCCUCCUUUACUCCAUUCCCAAAUCUCCCCUCUCAUAUUAGAGCUUUAAUUGUAGGGCUAACAUCCCCCUGCCUUUGAAACCCCUUCCAUGUGGUGACUUCUGGGCUUGAAAUGUAGUCACUGAUCUGAUAGACAUGUUUGUGUUGGAACAUCUGCUGCUGGAUAUUAUCCAAUGAAACACUCUUAUCAAAUAGGCUUGUUUUGGUUUUGCUAGGGUUUUUUUAGUUUGGUUUUGUUGUUGUUGUUGUUGUUUUCUGGGAGGGGAACAGUGGGACUUGACUCUACCAGUUGAAGAAAUAACUACAUUUAGGUGACAAGGUUUUUUCCUCCCAUAGUCAGAUAUCUCUUUUUCUUGUGUUUCUGUAAACAUGGGGGAGAAAUUAAACUAGCUAUCCUGCCAAAUACUCUGUUUUCUGUCCUGAUGAAAUCUCACAGUGAGGAUUUUAGUGGUUGCACACACAUAAGGAAAUAACUGUUGAAAAUAACAUUACUUAUUCUGUAAUUACCCCUAAUACAGUUAGUCUGGCUUUGUAGCUUACUGUUUCCUGCUUGGGAAAUCUUUCUCUAUUCUUAUUUUAUUUGGGAACAAUGAAAUAUGUCUGCAUCGUUUUCUUUGCCACCGUGAAUGCCUGUGCAGGCUUUACGAAGUGGCAUAAUAUUUAUUCAUGGCUUAUGUUAAUCAGUUAACAUUAUUGUACAGUAAGUGCCAGCGUAUUGAUUUCAGAAACCUUUUGCAGCCUGUACAAGUAGGCUUCUUUUGUACUGUAGGUCAGUGUCUGAAAGCAGGAUCUGCUCUAGUUCCAGGUUUGGUUUUUUUGGUUUUUUUUUGCAUGCUGCUUUUUCUCUAGAUCUCUCCUGCCCCUGUCUGAGUGAGUGAGGCAAUAUUUUCAUGUCACAUAUAUACCUGCACUUGUAAGGGUUUUGGUUGUUGUAGAGAAACACAAUACUUUAUACAUUUUGUAAAACUUCUGCAGAUCCAUAGUAUCUGGAACUUUCUCUUCAUGGUCUUUCACUAUUGACUUGUACUAAAAUGCAUAAUAUUAGGAUUUCACAUAAUAACUACUAACCUGUUGUUUUCUUCUUACCGUUUUACUGAACUGCAGACUGUAAUUCUUAAAUGAUUGUACUUCACUGAUGUAACAGAUUUGUCAUCAGCAGGCUAACUACUCUAAUUCUUCAUUGUGCUGAAUGGGAAGAAUGUUACCACAACUUUGUGUAGUCAGUCUCUUGCUUGCUUGUGCAAAUCUCUGAUGGCUUUUCAUCACUCACUAGCUCUUGCACACUUGUAUCCCCUCCGGUAUCCGCUGAAUGUUCUGAUGGCAAAUACUGGGUGAAAUGAUCUAAAGGAAGAGCUGGAGACCAUCUGCUGAUCGCUGAAGGCUUAUGGAGCCAUUUGCAGUGAGUUUUUGCUCUCUAUUCUGAGCCUGUACCUCAGUGGAUUAAUCCCAGCUGCAUAUUAGUGAGUUGAUUUUUCUUUACUGAUACAAAGCAAAUAUGAAACUGUGAAUUGUGCUUGAAGAGGAAAUCUGACAUUCCAGUCUCAACUGUUCUGUCUGGUUACGUAAUAAAAUUAAGGGCAGUUAAUUCUGA